AUGGCAUUAAAGGAUGAUAACAUUGAUUCUCAAUUCAAAUGUAAAUAUUUGGAGCCAAUUAGGAUAAAUAGUGAGCAAUUAAAUCUGAUUGUUGGAACGAUUAGAGAUUAUAAUUUAAUAAAUUUAAAGUAAUUUAGUUUGAAAUUGGAAGAAAUAGAAAUAGAAACAGAAAUUAGAUUUAUUGUUUCAUUAUUUCAUGAGAGUAUUGAGAAUAAGAAUAUUAAGAUUGAAUAUAGUUUUGAUUUACAAUCAAGUGUUUUGGUUAAUGAUAAAGUAAGAUUUAGAUAAGUUUUAUUUUAAUUGAUGCAAAAUGCAAUAAAAUACACUUUUGAAUCAUCAAUAACAAUAACAAUCUUAAAUGAUAAUUUAUAAUGUUUUAUAUCAAUUUCAGAUGAUGGAAUAGGAAUGGUAUGUAUAUAUUAUACAAUAUAAAAUAGACUGAAUAGGAAGCAGAAAAUAUGAACUCGUUAUUAUAAUCUAAUAAAUUUGUAAGAGUAUCUUAAUAAUCAGUUGGUGUAGGAUUAGGAUUAGGAAUAUCAAAUCAAUUAGUAAAAUAAAUGAGUGGAAAGAAUAAUUCUAUUUAACUUAAACGAAAGAUAAAAGGAUGCUAAUUCAGUUUUUUUAUAAAAAAUCAUUAGUUAGAGGUAUCAAAAGAAUUUAUGAGAAAAUAAUCUUCAGGAUUGUUCAAAAAUAGUAGUUAAACAAUUCGAUAUAUUUCUACAAAUACUUAUAUCGAAGAUUAAGUCAAAAUGCAAUCCUUUAAGAAAAUACAAAUAUAAAAGAGUUUAAUUCAAACACACUCCAAUUCUUAAUAAUAAUUUAUUAUUUCAUCAAAUAUGAAAAUUAAUGUUUUUUAAGAUAGUAGAAAAUAGAGUGAAGAGAAUAGUUUUUCAUCUAUUCAUCCUCCAAUCUUAAGUCCUAAAUUUUAAUAAUCAAUAGUACAAUGCAGUCUUAAUAGUGAUUGUUGUUCUAGAGUAUUAAUUGUUGAUGAUGAGUACUUUAAUAUUUAAUGUCUAAAAUUAUUGAUGACUAAAUAUUAAUCUAAAUGCGAUUCUGCUUACAAUGGUAAAGAAGCAUUAUAACUUGUAAAUAACAAAAAACAUCAUCCUUGCAAUAAAUGUGAAAAUCAAUAUUACAGUUUAAUUUUCUUAGAUAUCAACAUGCCUAUAUUAGAUGGCUAUAAAACUGUUAAAGAAUUAAAAAAUUUAAUGAAAUAAUAAGUUAUUAAUAAAGCUUGGUGUGUUGCAAAUACAGGAUUCUGUGAUUUAGAUACUAAAUUGAAGUCUUAUGAAGCAGGUAUGGAUUAUUACUUGACUAAGCCAUUAGAUUAAAAUGAACUCAAAAAUAUGCUCAAUAUUUUAUUUCCUAUUAAUGAUUACUGA